AUGUCGGGGAAAAUGACAUUGUACAAGUUGGUGGUGCUGGGAGAUGGAGGCGUUGGAAAGACGGCCCUUACGAUCCAGCUAUGCCUGAACCACUUCGUCGAAACGUACGACCCGACCAUCGAAGACUCCUACCGCAAACAGGUCGUCAUCGACCAACAGUCAUGCAUGCUCGAGGUGCUGGACACGGCGGGCCAGGAAGAAUACACCGCACUGCGGGACCAGUGGAUCCGGGACGGUGAAGGCUUCGUGCUGGUGUACAGCAUCACGUCGCGCGCCUCCUUCUCGCGGAUCACCAAGUUCUACAACCAGAUCAAGAUGGUCAAGGAGUCCGCCAGCUCCAGCUCCCCCUCCGGCCCGAGCUAUCUGGGCUCCUCCAUGAACCACACCGCCGGCGGCUCACCCCUGCCCGUCCCCGUGAUGCUGGUCGGCAACAAGAGCGACAAGGCCGUGGAGCGCGCCGUCUCCGCGCAGGAGGGCCAGGCCCUAGCCAAGGAGCUGGGCUGUGAAUUUGUCGAGGCCUCUGCGAAGAACUGCAUCAAUGUUGAGAAGGCUUUCUACGAUGUUGUCCGCAUGCUGCGCCAGCAGCGUCAACACUCACAGAACGCGAAGGGCCGCGGGGGUGGUGCCGCGGGCUUCUCGGGUCACCGGGACCGCGAUGCGGGCCCCGAAUAUCCCAAGUCGUUCCGUCCGGAUCGUCGACAUCGCAGUCGUCUCCAGUGUGUUCUCCUGUGA